AUGCCUUUAGCUAGAGAUUUACUUCACCCUGAUCCAGUUAAAGAACGCCAAGCAUACAAGCUUCAUAGACUUGUCCAGCACCCAAAUUCUUUCUUUAUGGACGUCAAAUGCCCAGGAUGUUUUAAAAUUACAACAGUUUUUUCACAUGCUCAAUCAGUUGUUGUAUGCAUUGGAUGUAACGCUAUGCUCUGUCAACCAACAGGAGGAAAAGCCAGAUUAGUCGAAGGAUGUGCUUUCCGUAAAAAGGCUCACUAA